UUCCAGCCAAACCAUUUCUCUCUCCCUCCCUCUCUCUCUCUCCCUCAUACAUACACACAUAAAUCAUUGUCAAAAGAUGGAAGGCACAGAUAUAUUCUGUGCAUCCCAAGCUUCAACAGCCAUAUGCUCAAGCAUGGAAAUUGAGGAAGCCUCCUCGUCAUCCUCCUCCUUCCCCUCCUCGCCCGCUAUUCAGCUCGGCGGUCGUGCUCUCGACCGCCACAAUCCCAUCAUCUGUGAUGGAAGAAGAAACAGCACUGCCCCCAACAGUCUCUUAACGCCUCCUCGUGAUUUCACUCGACCGCCUUUCAGUCCCCAACCUCACCAUCAACUCACAAAGAGCAAGAAAACCUCUUCAAAAGGUAACAGAAGAACCAAGAACAAAAUCCCAUCAGUGAAACAAGAAAAUGAAGAGAAAGAAGAUUGUCAUACUCUUCCAUCUACUGAUACUUUGAAAAAGAGCUCCUUCAUUCCAACUGAUAUUGUUACAAGGAGCUUUGCUAAGCUGAACGAUCUGAUCGCUCCUCCUGCUCCACCACCAGCUGGCUCCUCCAGAUACCUACUUGGAAGUGAUUCACAAUCAGAAUUCUUCGACAGGUUACCGGAGACCGACCCUGUUUACGAUAUCGUCCCAGCUGACGAUUACCAAGAACUCAAAACUGACGUAAACCAAGAUGGGUCUACUUCAACAACUCAAGAAACAUUGUCUCAGCAGCCCAAACCAACUCCUACCAAACAGGUUGUGGUCUUGAUGGUGUCACUGCACUGUAAAGGCUGUGAAGGGAAAGUCAGGAAACAUCUUUCAAAAAUGGAAGGAGUUACAUCCUUCAACAUAGACUCUGCAGCCAAGAAAGUGACAAUAGAAGGAGAUGUAACACCAGUGGGAGUUUUGGCAAGUGUAUCAAAGCUGAAGCACGCUAAGUUUUGGACUUCUCAACAGCCAACACCACCACCGCCCCCACCGACUACGCCACCACAGCCACCACCAUCCACCGCGUUAACGGUGGCUUCAACAUCAGCCACCACAGAAAUGCCAGAAAACCAGCUUGGUUAAUCCUAUCUAUUGUUUGAAAAAGUUGAGUUUACUGUACAUCUACCAAAAAAGGUUGGGAUUCUAGAGCAUGCUGUUGAGAAGUUUCAAGUUCUAAUUCUCUCUUUCCCUUGUUACUUUUGAAGUUUUGAGCUUUCAAUAAGGAAAAGAGUGGCAUCUCAUAAUCAAAACUAUUGGGAAAGAGACCACUAAGUUAUUCUUAAAGAAAGGGAAUUCGAUUCCCCAUGGCCUUGGUGUAAAUCCAAUACAGGCAUGCCUUUUCUAUUCCCAAAGCCUUAAUUAUCUGAUGAGGUUGGUCUUCUCCAAAAAAAAUGUAUAUAUUCCCCAGAAUAUGGUUAUGGGAA